CUUUCCAUUGCCACAGGACGGCUGGAUCCCAAUCCCACGCGCACCACCAGCCAGGCAACAGCAACACCCGCGCCUACCGCCACAUGACAUGCCUGCCUCCACGUCGCCCCACCACCACACCACCCCGCGCACGAGCCGAGCCCGCCGCGACGUGCCCCACACCCGCCACUUUUCCCUUACCGCCCCAAACGGGCUAGCGUGACGAGGUCACCGGCCAUAAAUCCCCAAUCUCCGCGCUUUCCUUCCGCCCCACACUCGUCCACUCACCCCCUCUUUGCUCUGCCUCGCCGCGCCGCAGAGCAGAGCAUGGCGCCCCCACGCCCUCUCCUCGCCGCCGUCUUCCUCGCCGCGGCGGUUCUGCUCCUCCUUUCUCCGGCAGAGGCGGGGACGGUGGGCGUGAACUACGGCCGCGUGGCGAACAACCUGCCCAACCCAGCGGCGGUUGUGCAGCUGCUCAAGCAGCAGGGCGUCGCGCAGGUGAAGCUGUACGACGCCGACCCCACCGUGCUGCGCGCCCUCGCGAACACCGGCAUCAAGGUGGUGGUGGCGCUGCCCAACGAGCAGGUCGCGGCGGCGGCGUCGCGCGCGUCCUACGCGCUGCUGUGGGUGCGCCGGAACGUGGCGGCGUACCACCCGGCCACGCAGAUCCAGGGCAUCGCCGUGGGCAACGAGGUGUUCGCGUCGGCCAAGAACGUGACGGCGCAGCUGGUCCCGGCCAUGGCCAACGUGCACGCCGCGCUGGCCAGGCUGGGCCUCGACGGGGCCGUCAAGGUGUCGUCGCCCAUCGCGCUCACGGCGCUCGCGUCGUCCUACCCGUCCUCGGCGGGCGCGUUCCGGGAGGACCUCGCGCAGGCCGUCAUGAAGCCCAUGCUCGACUUCCUGGCGCAGACCGGGUCGUACCUCAUGGUGAACGCGUACCCGUUCUUCGCUUACUCCGGCAAUGCGGGAGACAUCUCCCUCGACUACGCCCUGUUCCGCCCCAACGCCGGCGUGCUCGACGCCGGGAACGGCCUCAAGUACUACAGCCUCCUCGACGCGCAGCUGGACGCCGUGUUCGCCGCGGUCAGCAGGCUCGGGGAGGGCUACAACGGCGUGCGCGUCGUGGUCUCCGAGACGGGGUGGCCGUCCAAGGGCGACGCCAACGAGGCGGGCGCUUCGGCGGCCAACGCCGCGGCGUACAACGGCAACCUGGCCCGCCGCGUGCUCUCCGGCAACGCCGGCACCCCGCGCCGCCCCGACGCCGACAUCGACGUGUACCUCUUCGCGCUCUUCAACGAGAACCAGAAGCCCGGGCCGACCUCCGAGCGCAACUACGGCGUCUUCUACCCGAACCAGCAGAAGGUGUACGACGUCGAGUUCGUCCUCGGCGGCGGCGGCGCCAGCCAGGGCAACGGCGGCCUCGGGUGGCAGGAGAACGGCGGCGGGGCGAGCAGCACCAGCACCAACCCGCCGAGCGGGGUGAAGGUGACGACCGGGGAGGCGUGGUGCGUGGCGAACGCGAUGGCCGGGGAGCAUCGGCUCCAGGCGGCGCUGGACUACGCGUGCGGCCCCGGCGGCGCGGACUGCAAGGCCAUCCAGCCCGGCGCGGCGUGCUUCGAGCCCAACACCAUGGUCGCGCACGCAUCCUACGCCUUCAACGACUACUACCAGCGCAAGGGCCGGUCCAUCGGAACCUGCGACUUCGCCGGCGCCGCCUACGUCGUCAACCAGGCACCGAGUAAGCCGCUGCCGCGCCACUCAUUCUCCCCCUCGCGCCAUUUUCGACGCAGCUAGAAAUCGGCCAUUAUAUUCAUCGCGAUCACAUUCGCGCAUCUGGUACCAUUGGUUGAAACGUAGACCAUGAAUUCGUUGGAUCACGUAGCGAAAUGUAAAUGCUGGCAUGCUGCCACUGCAAUGUGCAAUCCACACACACGCGACCAAAGCCAUACACAACCCAAACAGUUUAGUUUCGAUUAAAAAAGUGAUGGGUUAUCGCGGGAACCUAGGCAUGAAACAUCCCCUAGGACCCAUGUUUUAUCGCUGGGCCGCAUGGUGACUUUUACUGAUAGACUGGCAAUAGCUUUGGCAUUGUACGGGAAUGAUUCCCGUUUUCACUAGUAGUACAGUACUGCUCACCACACACAUGGCUGUCACGUCCAGUACAAACCACGCUGAAGCAUGACGCACAGUACACAAACCACGUACUAGGUCCUUGCACGCCGCGUCCCCAUUUGCACGUCUGCUGUGCAGAUCGCAGCAGCCGUUACUGCUGCUCUGUGACCAAAUCUGUACUGCGAUUGCAUUGGAUUCGAGCUGCUGUCACUGGGAUGGAGUCAUUAUGAGUGACCUGAUCACUUGCUCAGGUUCCAGCAGGCCACAAGGUGCAAUAAUGACCGAGACAGGGGGGGCCUGGCCUGUGCAGGUCGACGUGAUAUGACCCGUCCUCGCCUGUGUCCGUGUCCUUUACUCCGUCCUGGUUUCCUUCGUGGUACCGCGUGCAUGUCUGGAUGUCGCAGACUCCGCCGUGCCUGAUUGCCACUUCCGCUAGCUUUUCCAGCUCCUACUACUGCUACCCCCUGUGUGAAUUAUAUUUGUUUACUCCACUCUUUACGUAUGAAUGAUGCCGCUGUUAGAUUAGAGAAUAUUCUGUUUUUAAGAUUUGUUUGAGACCUAAUCUAACCUGUGACCUCACUGGGGUGGCUCGCUGUCGCUGCAUUGU